CAAUUAUCUUUGCAUACAUGAUAUAUACACUAUUAUCAUACUAUGCACGUCAAUAUUCCAAAUACAUUAUCAUCUAUUUUGCCAAAACCGUUGACGGGCAUCCAAUUUCAAGAAAAACUACUAAUUUGUAUGCCUGUGAUAGUGACAUCACGCAACAUCAGCAGAUUGAGCAUGCUUCCAGUUUUGAUAGUGUAUAAAAUCACACACUUAAUGCUCUUUUCAAAUAGUAUAUUGCAUAUUACCCCGAUUAUCGAGAGUUUCAUGACCUUCCGGUGCCAGCAGAAUGCCUCACAUGAAAUGGCCACCUCAGAUCAAAAAUAUUCAAGUUUUCGGUGAAGUCAAGGAUGUUUCCGGCCGUCGAUAUCCCCGUGAUAUAGGUCGACCCGUUUACCUUGGGGGCAACACAUACUAUCUAUUCGGCGAUACUUUCUGUCAUAGUUCUUCGAAUCAUUUUGUUGGAGUCUCCAACAAUACUGUUGCCUAUGUUCCAGAUCCCCAAAAUGAUCCAUUAACUUGUACAUACAUGCAUGAAAAUGCAUAUCAACCACCGUUCAUCCCUCAUAUGCGCAGCGAAGAAGAGUAUGAGAAGGACCCAAAGAAUAAGGAAAAGAUUAAUAGGGUCGUGAAUUGGGUAUUUGGGGGUAUCAUUGAAGAUUUUCCGGGAGCCAGAGAUGGGUGGGUAUUUUAUGAGAAGAUGUACACGCAUGGAUCUACGGCUGGCAAGAGUUUUGGUACAGGUGUUGCGCGAGUUCAAGUUCAACCUGACAACUCUCUGAAAGUGGACAGACUGAUGGGCGACAAUAUGCUUUUCGGAGAAAACGAGCCACAUUUUGGUAUAACAACCUAUGUCGUAGGAGAUGAUGGGUAUAUUUAUCUUUUUGGUGCGAAGGAUGCCCCAUCUCCGACCCUUGAUCUAAAGAACCAUUGGGCACGCAUUCGAUCAGGGUCUGAUUUCACCUCGCGGGAAAAUUACGAAUUUCUCAUUCAUACUCUCGAUGGAAAAAGCAAAGUAUGGGAUCGUUCUUACUCACUUCAUCAACUCGUCAAUCUCAUUCCGGUCCAGGCGCAAGGCGCAAUUAUUAAAGUUCCGGAACUAGCACCUAAAGGUCGACCAUAUCUUUGGUUUGGGAACAACAAGUUUCCGGCCAAUAAAAUUUAUAUUGCAUGUGCGCCGCGAUUAGAAGGGCCAUGGGAAGAAUGGGAGGGACCUGAGAUUCCAAAGUUUGGAGGAGGCGGCCUAAGAUAUACUUUAUAUCCACAUGAGAGGAGUUGCCAGUUGGAAAAAGGGGAAAUGAGAAUCAGUUGGAGCGAUGGCAAACAAAUGGGUGGUAUGGUUGUACAAGCUAUGUUACACUUUGCUAUGGAAGGAGAGAAUGAGGACACUGUACAACCAUCGGGAUCAUUACCGCAGCCUAACGGUGGUUGGAAGGAUAAAGCGAAAGGGUUUCUGAACCCGUUCAAGUAGUGUAGGUAAUAACAUCUGAGACUGGCUUAUCUUUGGAAAUGCAACGUCUAUU